GGAGGGGGAGGGGGAGGGGGUGGAGAGGAGGGGAAGCCAGGGGGAUGGGCCCGUGAGCAGGAAGGCUGUAGUGAGGGACCACUUGUAAUGGGAAGUCUCCUUUCCCCGUGAGGCCACUGAUCAAAGCCAGCACACCACCACCCCCCCACCCCGACCUUCUCCUCCUCCCAUGCGCCUGCUUCGUUCACCCCCUCAGAGGACAGGAGUGUGAGAGCGAGAGCGAGGGAGAGACUGAAUCCAGUCAUCGUCAACUGAUCACCUCUUGUGCGGCAGGCAAGCCGAGAGGAAAAACAGAGAAGAGAGAGGGAGGGAGAGCGAGAGACUGAGAAUGAGAGAGAGGCCAGAGACAGGUCGAGGAUCCGAGAGAAAGAGAUUUUGAGAGAGAGAGACCGAGGCGAAGCUACGGACUUGUCCACUCGUCCAGCAACGAGGCCGGGGGGAGAGAGAGAGCGAAUAUCCAGAAGGAGCACCAGCUACAGAGGGCUCAGUCUGAGAGCAGCUGUACUGCAGCCCCUCUGUGUGUGUGUGUAAGUGUGUGUGUCUCUGUUUGUGUGUGUGUGCAUCUGUGUGAGUGUGUGUGUCUCUGUGUGAGUGUCUCUGUGUGUGUGCAUCUGUGUGUGUGCGUGUGUGUCUGUGUGUUUGUCUGAGAGUGUGUGUUUGUGUGAGAGUCUGUGUGAGUGUGUGUUCUGUGUGUGUGCAUCUGUGUGAGAGUGUGUGUCCCUGUGUGUGUCUCUGUGUGUGCAUCUGUGUGAGAGUGUGUCUGUGUGUGAGUAUCUCUGUGUGUGCAUCUAUGUGAGAGUGUGUGUCUGUGUGUGUCUCUGUGUGUGCAUCUGUGUGAGAGUGUGUGUCUCUGUGUGAGUAUCUCUGUGUGUGUGUGCAUCUGUGUGUGUGUGUGUGUCUGUGUGUGAUCUGUGUGUGUGUGUGAUUGUGUGUGUGUGUGUGUGUGUGUGUGUGUGUGUGUGUCUGUGUGUGCAUCUGUGUGUGUCUGUGUGCAUCUGUGUGAGUGUGUGUCUCCCUGUGUGUGUCUCUGUGUGUGCAUCUGUGUGAGAGUGUGUGUCUCUGUGUGAGUAUCUGUGUGUGUGUGUGCAUCUGUGUGUGUGUGUGCAUCUGUGUGUGAUCUGUGUGUGUGUGUGUGUGUGUGAUCUGUGUGAUCUGUGUGUGUGUGUGUCUGUGUGUUUGAGAGGGGGGCACAGACACAGAGAGAGAGGAGGGGGUGCGAUCUCAGGUUGGGGGAGUCCUUGCUCUCCCAGAGGCUAACCCCCUCCUAUCCCACCCCACUGAGCUCAGCACCCCCCCCCCCAGAGAAACGGAGACUGCGCCACUCCACCUGCCCCCUCAGGAAUAUGGAGAGGGAGGAACUGUUGGCCAUGGGCCCUCCAUCAGCCCCUCACUCACCUGUGAGCAGCAAGGCCCUCAUCGAGACCCUGAGGCCCGAGGGCCAGGAGGAGGAGGAGGACGAGGAGGACGAGGAGGAGGGAGAUGAGGGUCUCAUCGAGGCUGAGGAAGUGAGGACCACAGACGAGGACGAUCCUCAACAGGGGGCCCUCGAACCCUUCCAAGGGAGCCCUGUCAGCUCUCCCGGGGGCUUUGAAAUUCUCCGCGGGUGCCCCGGAACCCUCGGAGGCAACUGUGACAACGAGGGAGCCCUCCUGCUCCCUGGGAUGUCGAAGGUCAAGGAGGAGGAGCUGGGAGAGGAGGAGGACUUCCAGGAUCUCCUGAAGCCAGCCAAAGCCGAAGAGCCAGAAGGAGGAGAAGGAAGGCAGGAGGCCGGGCCUGUGCGUGCACCCGGCGGUGGCGGGGAGGGGCAGGAGGCAAAGCGAGAGGGGGGUGCCCAGGCCCCGGCCACCCGCCCCGCCGAGGGGCAAACGGGCGGGGCCAGGCCCCCCCGGCCGAACCGCUUCCCCUGCCCCGAGUGCGGCAAGGGCUUCGCCUGCCCCUCGCACCUGCAGCGGCACCUGCGCACCCACACGGGCGAGCGGCCCUUCGAGUGCUUCGCCUGCGGCAAGACGUUCGCCACCCUCAGCCAUCUGGCACUGCACCGGCCGCGGCAUGCCACCCACCGGCCCUUUGAGUGCGCCGUCUGCGGCCGGUGCUACCCCAGCUAUCCGGAGCUGAGCGCCCACCAGCGCUUCCACACCGGCCGCAGGCCUUUCCCCUGCCAGCUGUGCAGCAAACGCUUCUACACCUCCAGCGAGCUUCGGGUGCACCAGCAGUGGCACACCGGCGAGAGGCCGCACGCCUGCUCCAGCUGCGGCAAGCGGUUUGGCCGGCUUGGGCACCUCCUGGAGCACCAGCGCAUCCACACCGGGGAGAAGCCCUUCCAGUGCCCACUGUGCGCCAAAUGCUUCCACUCUUCGAGCAACCUGACCCGGCACCGGCGCUUCCACAGCGGUGAGAGGCCCUUCGGCUGCGGGCAGUGCGGCAAGAGCUUCUACACUUCUGGUGACCUCCGCCGGCACCAGCAGACGCACAGCGGCGUGAGGCCCUUCUGCUGCUCCACCUGUGGCCGGGCCUUCUACCGCUCGGGAGACCUGGUGAAGCACCAGCGCACGCACACUGGGGAGAAGCCGCAUGGCUGCCCGGUCUGCGAGAAGCGCUUCUACACAGGCAGCGAGCUGAAGAUCCACGGGCGCUUCCACACCGGGGAGAGGCCGCAUGGCUGCCCGGUCUGCGACAAGCGCUUCUACACGUCCAGCGAGCUGCGCAUUCAUGGCCGCACCCACACCGGCGAGCGCCCCUUCCGCUGUGCCAGCUGCCCCAAGGCCUUCUACCGCUCCAGCGACCUGGCCAAACACCAGCGUACCCACACUGGCAUCAAGCCGUACGCCUGCCAGCUCUGCCCCAAGAGGUACUACACCUCCAGUGAGCUCUGCGUCCACGGCCGCACCCACUCGGGUGAGAAGCCCUUCCGCUGCCAGCUGUGCCCCAAGGGCUUCUACACAGCCAGCGUCCUGGCCAAGCAUCGGCUCACCCACCUGCCCCGCGACCCCGCUGCCACCUUCCAGUGCCGCCUGUGCCCGCAGCGCUGCCCCAGCGCCUCCCGGCUGCGGGCCCACGAGCGGCAGCACGCCGGGGAGCCCUCCUUCGAGUGCCAUGUCUGCCUGCGCCGCUUCCACACCUCCGGGGGGCUCAGCAAGCACCGGAACGUCCACGGGCGCGACCCCUCCACCGCCGCAGCAGCCGCCGCCCCUCCUCUGGCUUCCGCAGACAAGCCGGUGCCCGCAGCUCCCCAAGCCGGCCAGCCGGGCAUCGCCGCUCCCUUGGAGGAGGGCGCUCUCCCCCUCCCCCCUCCUCCCCCCUCCUCCUCCCCGCGCCCCCUCUUCGAGUGCGGCAUGUGCAAGAGGGGCUUCGGGUCCUGGGCACAGCUCCUGGCCCACCAACCCAUGCACGAGGGCGAGCGGGCGCUGGAGUGCGCCCUCUGCAAGCAGCUGUUCGUGGCGCCCCCCGGGGACGGGCAGGGGGCGCUGCCUGGGCAGGAGCCUUACCGCUGCCCCCUCUGCAAGGGCCGCCUGGCCUGCUUCGACAUCGGGGGGUUCGGGCUGGGGCCGGAUCCGCUCAGCUUCGAAGUCUGCCUGCAGGGCAGCUGGCAGGGGCUGGAGGGGGGCAGGGGCCUCGGGGAGCUGUGCGACCAGGGAGCUCUCACUCACCCAGCCACCUGGGGUGGGGACAGCAGUACUAGCCAAUAAAGAUGUGACACAAUCCCCGGGUAUCGGGGGGGAGGGGGGAAGCAGGGACGGCAUGGGAGGAGAUCGGGCUAAAAUCCGAAACCCUGCACCCGAACCUUCCCCAAGACCCUUCCCCCUCUCCUCAACCUCCUCCUCAACCACUAGGAGAGUUGGUGACUCAGCGAGGACGCCCGUGGCGUUGUGUGGGGGUCGGUUGCUGAUGGUGGGGCACCCUUUCAGUGGGAGAGACAGUCAGAGACUCUGUACGACGCCAGGACUGUGGCCGUGAGGCUCUGAGGGGCGUGACUCAUACCGGCCGGGCACAGACCCUGCACCCCCUCCCCCCCCCCCCCACGCCCUCCCCUCCCGACACCCCCCGCCUCGGGAGCGGUCCUUGGCUCCGGACAUUUGUGCUCACGCACAGCACGACCCCAGGAUGGCGGCAGGCCGGAGCGUGGCCUGGAGUGUGAACCUGGAUUCAGUAUUGAGUCAUCUUUCUGUUGCAAUGUGAAAUAAACUGAUAAUUGUCAUGUA